AUGGAAGCUGCGGCGAAGACGGUUGAGGUGCUCUCCAAGCGCAUUCUACCAGAGAAACCACAUCAUCUUGCCUAUCAUCCCACCUGGCGAUACCGCCCGCCCCCCGAGGACGACGCGCCCGAGUCUCGCGGCGCUAAAAGGCGCUUCGAGGAAUGGCACAACACCCGCCUACAAUAUCUGACAUUACUAUCCGAGGCCGACCGUGGCACUUUGUUCACGCGACCCUAUUACGAUAUGCGAGAAGAGCCCGUGAAGCCCGUACCGCGCGAGGUAAGCACGCUCGCAAAGGGAACUGGUACUGGCGAGAAGAAGAAGUUGUCGUUGAGCGACUACAAGAACAAAAGGACUGGUCUCGUUGCCUCUGCCUCGCCCCCGGAACCUGCCAUCGCCAAAAAGAAAGACAGCGAACGUGUCGCUGCCGCCAACAGCCCCGCAACGUCUACUCCUGCUCCCGUAGCUGCUGACGACAACAAACCACCACGCCAAGAUCCCAAGCGAUUGGAUGUAUCAAGGAUACGGGAGCCUGAACCUACAGGCGCAAAGCCGAAACCGAAUCGCGACCACGCCAUUGCUGACACAAGACUCCCCCCCAAACCGCCCUCCCUACCCCCACGUCCGCCAUCACCUGCAGGCAAGCGACGCGUACCUGAUGGUGAUGAUGAUCGCCCACAAAAACGGCCGAGGCCUGAGGAACGACCACAACCCAGUCGCGAUGAGCCUCCUCGACGGAAAGAAAAGCCUCUGACAAUAUCCCGAGACCGUGAGCGAGACAGAGACAGAGACAGAGAUAGAGACAGAGGUAGGAAUCGAGAUGCGUCUGCCCCUGCGUCCAGAGACGACCGGGGUCACUCGUCCUCGUCUCUACUGAAUGGCAGAUCGAUUCUAAAAGGUACCAUGACCUCUGGCCGAAGUGCGUCUCCAGCCAGUCGAUCUCGUGGCGAUUCCUUGAACGGAGUACGUGGAAACAACGCCAAUCGGACCUCGCCAAUGAAGACAGACGUCUCAACAAGGGCAUAUGUACCACCAUUGCUGUCGCCUUUGCACCUAGGAUUUGAAGAGAAGCCAUGGCGAGGUGACGAUGAUGACUUGAACCCUAGAAAAGAAAGGAAGAGGCAGGACGGCCCGACCGAAGUGACUUCGACAUCGAAGCAAAAGAAGACGGAAAGCAAAAAACCUAAGCCAGCCGUGGUAAUUCCUCCAUUAUUGUCACCUACUUUGCCGCCAGCCAUAGAGGCCGAGUUGAAACGACGAAAGAAGGCUUCUUCGGACUCUUCGGAUGAGAGAUCCAGAGACGGCAGGGACGCCUUCGCAAUCAAGAGGAGGGAUGAAAAUGAUCACAAGCCUACCAAUAAACUGGGCCAUCGCAGGAGAUUGAUUGUCGUUCUCAAUGUGCCCAAGGCAUUACGAGCCAGUUUUGCUGACAUUGUUGGUCGAGCACCAUCACGUCGCAAAGAUUCUCAAAGCCAAUCGGAACGUGAGAAUGAGCGGACUCGCGCCGGUAGCGAGGAAGCAGGACAACAGGCUCCAGCAAGGAAGAGACCCAUCGGGGCAGUCACUGGUUCUUCUGAUGGAGCUGCUAUGAAGCGACCUCGGUCGUCAGAUGUAUCGACGCACUCGAAGCUCGUCACACCAGCAACACCAUCCAAGAAACCUGCUGCCAUGUCACGAGUGAGUUCGACCAACUCUGUAGUGCAAACGCCAACAGAAGCAGUCAACUCUACUCCUUCAGCAUCAGCGUCUGCAGAUCGUCGUCCUAAUGGCAGUGACGCUGCUUUGAAGGGAACCAGCUCAGAGGCCAAAGCGAUGGGCGACAAGGUGGAUCGGCUUAAAGAAAUGGGAAGGAAAUUAAAGCACGAAGCGGAUCAAACGAUGAAGAGAUACCGCGGAGACACGGGGAGCAUGAGAGGCAAACCUGGAGAGGCCAAGGUCAAGUCUGCCUUUGUUUUGAGCCUCGAGAGCAUCCUCGUGUUCAUGAUGGCCUUUCACGGAGCAGACAUAUCGCGCGGCAUGGACCACAAGAUUGGAGAUCAUCGUGCAUGGCUGAGCAUGCUUCCUAUGAUUGAGUUUCUAAAGAACGAAAUGCGCCGCUGCGACGUCAGCAACAGUCAACCACUCUAUGCCAUGGUCCUCAUGCUACACGCGGUGUCGCUAGAGGAGCUGAUCAGGUGUUAUGCUCGUUAUGACAGCAUCACCGAGACACUCGGCAAAGAGCUAGUCGCGAGAUUGCGCGAGAAGAGCAAGAUAUGGCCACGCGUCCAGGAAGUCGUCUCGGGCAUCCAGAACCCCCGUUUUCGCGUCGACGUGCACCCGUGGUCCACGCUGGACGACAUUGCCGAUGCAUCAUUGCGCGUACUGCGCCUCUGGUGCGCCGAAGAGAAAGUCGAAUGGGCUCCGACCCAGUCACUCCGGGAUCUUUGGCCCGUACCACACGGCACCGGCCGCAGAUGA